UUCCCAGCUCCAGCUCCAGCUCAGCCCAGCCCAGCUGGCCAUCCCUGUGGCACACUCAGCCCCGGGGGCCCUAAGGAGAGCAGACAGAUGUCCGCAGGCAUGGGGACAGCAGACGGUGGUGAGGCGGACCCUGGGACCUCACAGCCCACCCACAUCCACGUGCACAUCCACCAGGAGUCAGCUCUGGCCACGCUCCUGAUACGUGGGUGCUUCCUGCUUCGGUCCCCUGCCCCUGGCGCCACCUCCCAGACCUGGGGCAGAAGCCGGAUGCUGGUGGCCUCCUGGGUGAGUUCUUCUUCUUCCUCCAGGUGGGUGCAGAUCAUGCUGGGGGUGUUGAGUGGAGUUCUGGGGGGCUUCCUCCAAAUCUUCUAUGACUGCACCUUGUGUGGCUCAGGAGCUGCCAUCUGGACAGGGGCUGUGGCUGUGCUGGCUGGAGCUGUCGCCUUCAUUUACAAGAAACGGGGUGGCAUCUACUGGGCCUUGCUGAGGACCCUGCUCGCCCUGGCAGCUUUCUCCACGGCCAUUGCCGCCAUCGUCACUGGGGCUCGUAAUUUCUAUGAGCACCACUUUUAUUUUAGAGACUAUAUCUGUCAUGUCUCCUCGACGGCCUGGUCUCAGGCCACCGCGCCCCCUAGCACUCCAAGUCCGGACGAAGCCAGAAGGAUGCACCUGUGCCUCUCCCACCUGAGCAUGCUGAAGGCCCUGUUCAUAAGCUUUUAGGUCAUGCUGUUGGGUGUCUGGGUUCUGCUGCUUCUGGCAUCUCUGGUUCCCCUGUGUCUGUACUGCUGGAGAAGGUCCCGAUGUAAGAAGGAAACAGACCAGAAGAAACUGCUGGAACUGAGUGAAAUCUAGCUCUGCUUUUCCUGAGUACUCAUGCCUGGACUCUUUCUGGAGUGGGCGUCCCUUGUCUCUGGCUCCUGGGAGAAGGACCAGGCUGGGGAAAAGGGACUCUGCACUAGCUCUAGUUAUCCUUCCUUCCCCCUCCCGCGCCCGUGCCAUGGCCACAGCCACUGCCACGGCCCCCUCCAC